GUGGAUAUUUGACAAAAAUCAUGGAUACUGUGAAAAGACAAAACAAUGGUGGUUAGUUUAUGUAGAAGGUGUUGGAAUGUAUUGUUUGAUAUGCAAGAAAACCAUGCCAGAAAUGAGCAGAAUAAGAGGGAAACAUUCUCCACUACUCCAUCAACCCGUUUCAAAAACAGCACAUGCUCAGAUCAUACUUGCAGUCAAAAGCACAAUGAUUCUGUUGAAGCUGAAUUGUUGAAUCGGGUGUCAUUUUUUCAGAAAGAAUUGGAUAAAAAGGAACAGGUCAAAGUAGAAGUCUUGCAUAAAGCUUUUACAGCAUUUUAUUUCUUGGCUAAAGAACAGAUUGCGAAUUCCAAAGCAGGGUGUCUACUUCAACUGGUUGAGAAGUUAGGUGCUCAUGACAUCAAGUAUUUCCACCACAGGUCAUCUACAUCAAUCCGUGAAAUGAUUGUGACUCUAGGCGAAACUAUUCAAAACCAAAUCAUUCAAAAAGUUAAAAAUACAAAUUUCUUUGGGCUUUUAAUUGAUGCCUUAACAGAUAUAGCUGUCAUGGAACAAAUGAUAACAUUUAUCCAGUACUUCAAUUUUGAAACAUCUCAAGUUGAAACCAAAUUUGUAUUUAUUGAUGAUUUGUUGAAGGAGUCUACAUCAGCUGAUGCUGAAAUGAUAUACAAUGUUCUAAUUAGGAACAUCGAAGAAUUCCAGUUGCCUCUUGGUAAACUAAAAGGCUUGGUAACUGAUGGUGCUGCUGUUAUGGUUGGCAAAAACAAUGGACUGGCUGCCAAAUUAAAAGCAGUAAAUCCAUCCAUUAUUACUGUUCACUGCAUCUGCCAUAGGCUAUCUCUUGCUUGCACAGACUCAAAUGUUGCUCUAAAAUAUAUUGAUGAGGUACAACUAAUUGUUACCCAAUUGUGGAAACUGUUUGAAUACUCACCCAAGAAGAUGGCAGCUUACCUAAAAUGCCAACAAAGCAUCAAGAACAUUGUCCUUGGUGAGUCCAAUAAGAACAUCAUAUGCAAAAAACUAAAGAAAGCAUGCAAGACAAGAUGGCUGUCAUUUGAUAAUGCAGUAACAGCGGUAUACGAGGAAAUAUUAGCUAUUCUCCAAACCUUAAGAGAGUUACAAGCAGAUCCAACAUCAUUUGGCUUGUUAAAGAAAAUGAAGAAGAUCAAAUUCAUUGGGACCAUCUACAUUCUUCAUGCAGUCUUGCCAAAAUUGGCAGAAUUAAGCAGAGUGUUUCAAAGGGGUGAUAUUAAUUUCUCGCUUAUUUCACCCACUGUACAUUAUGUUCAGGACAGUCUGAGGCAAAUUGUAAUAUCUGAGGAGCCACUGACCACUCUGAUGGAUGUUUUAAAACCAACUGGACGUCUGUCCAUCCUCCAGCUUGAGUGCAGUGCGGAACAGUUGGACCAGUUAAAAGACCUCCUGGCCAAAUAUGUUGAGGCACUCAACACAAAUAUUGAUAGCCGCUUGGGUGCAGCCUUACCAGUAAUAUCAAAUUUUGGGAUAUUCAACCCUACUCUUGUUCCAGGAAGAGGUAAUGCUGCAUUUAAUGAUUAUGGUGUAGCUGCGAUGAAAAGCAUAUCUGACUUCCUCUUUCCUCAGAAUGAAGAUAAGAAGCAGGAAAUGGUGGUAGAGUGGAGUAAAUUAAAGUACAAUCUGUUGGAAUGGAAGACACUUGUACCAGCCCAUUUGUCCAGUGCAGGGCAGAUUACAGAGUGGUGCAUGCUGCGAAUACUACAAUUAUGCAGCAUUCAAUUUUUUCCACAAAUGGUUUCACUGGUUGAAGUUAUUCUUGCUCUUCCAAUUUCCAAUGCGUGGCCAGAAAGGGGAGUAAGUCAAGUAAGGCUAAUUAAAACGAGACUCAGAAGCAGAUUGAAAAAUGACUUGCUUAAUGCUCUACUCAGUAUCGCUAUAAAUGGACCUCCUCAAUUUACAGCAGAGUGUGACAAAAUCUUUGAAUUGGCAGUGGCAAGUUGGAUGAAAGCAAAGCCAAGGCGUAAAUUGAAGAGAGAAGCAGUAGUUUGUAGUGCUGUAGAGCAAACUGUAGACAAAGAGCAGCAGUCAAAAGUGGAGCUUGCAACUGCUAUGGCAUCACUGAAUUUAGAUUUGUCAGAUGAUAACAUUUCUGCUGAUGAGUCUGAUUGA